GUGGGACUUGGUGCCCCGAAGGCAUCUCCCAUCCCUGCCACCGGUGCCCUCGAGGCCUGACCACAAUCCUUGACAGGAGUCUCCUGUCCUUGUGGCAGGAGCCCUCAAGACCAGAGUGCAGGACUUGCUGUCCUGUAGCCUUCCUGAGGCUUCUCUCUUGAAGGUGCCUUCCAGGCACAACUGCAGGACUUGCUGACUCGGAGCUUUUCUGAGGCAUCUCUCCUGCAAGUAGCCUCAAAUCCAGUCACUGCCAUGGAGCAGAGAUCCCUGAGAGGGCCCAAGCUGGCCUGGGUGCAGGAGGAGGAAGAAGGCCCUGGAGCUGCCCCAGUAGAGGAGAUCAAAGAGGUGGUGCGGUUCAAAACUCUACAGGAGGAUGCAGCCGUGGACCGCACACAAGAGCAGGACCCUGCCCGUGGCCUCUUCCGCAGAACAGUGGAGGUGCCCGCCAUGGUGAGGUACAUCCACCAGUGGCUCAUGGACAAUCAGUUUGCUGAGCAGAGGCUGAAAAGGGCCCUGCUGGAUCUCACUGAAGAACAGCCUGCUGAUGUAGUAAUGACACUCCUGUGUGUGGCCCCAUCCUGUGACAGAGCUGCUUUCACCAUGUGGAAGAGCAUCAUGUGCUCGCCCAGGACUGCGGAGCCGGUGCACCUGAUACUCCUCGAUGUGCUGGGGAGUUGGCCAGAGCACAGAACAUUCACCUCUGAUGGGGACAAAACCAGUGUCUUUGUCCUGGCUGCAACUGUGGUGAUGUGGAAGAUCCUCCAGGUGCCCUGUGUCCCACAGAUGGUGACGGUGUAUUUCCCCCGCCUAUUGGUGCAUCUGCUCUUCCAAGUGUUCUUCAGCACUCUGGAUAUGCCAGAGGAGGUCGAUACCUUCUGGAAGGGAUGCCAGCAGCAAUACGGCCUUGCCACCAGCCCCAACAGGUUUGCAGUGCGGACCCUGAAGUCCCUGCUCUGCCAAAUGGAGCACGAGGAUGUGGUGCUGGCAAUGGAACGCAAGCGUGGCUGGGACACGCUGCUGUGUGCUGACACCCACCACUAUGCUGUGGGUCUGCUGGCCAGGUGAGACCCCCUUCUCCCCGCUGCCUCUGACAUUUGUGCUCUGUGCCCAGGGUGCCCCACACAGUCCCAGUGGUCGUGGGCCAGAGGGCCUUGUCACCGAGGCACAGCCAAGCAGACUGGAAAAGGCUGGCAGAGGAGGGUACCCACAAGGAGCCGCCUCCCAAAUAGCCCAGGGCCCCUUGCAGGAUGCUGGGGAAAGACCAGACCUCU